AUGGAAGUAGUGAGCGAUGGUUAUUAUAGAGUUGUGUGUAGCGGUUGUCUGAGUGUCGAGAGGAGUAUGGUUGUAAUAAAUGCUGCAUCUGAGAUUUGGAAAAUAUAUAAACAUAUUGUUGAGGAAAGCGCGGAUGGACGAUUGGAUGAUUCCUUAUGUGUUAUGGAUGUAUCACUGUGCUGGGAGUGUGUCGCCUUGCUGAGGAAGUUUGAGAAGUUCAAACGACAAGUGCAGAACGCUCAUGAACAUUUGAGAGUAUUAACCUUAAGCCAGGGUCAUGAGUCAUUUGAUCACACGUACAUGUCCCAAUCCCUGUCUUCUCUCGAGCACUGUAUAAAACAUGACUACGACAGAGUAUAUGUGGACUACGCACAGGAAAUUGAGCAAUGGUCUCAACCGUAUAUCACUAUAACCACUUCAAAUGAUAAGGUUAAAAAUGAAUCUUAUGAUGUGUCACAGGCGUUAAGAGAGCAAAUUAGCCUGGCUAUAGAUGACCAGGUUUUGGAAGUACCAGAAUUAAUAUUAAAGAACCCCGUGACUGGAACUCUAUCCCAUAUUGUGGUGGGAAAAGAUGCUUUGGUUUCAUCUGCAGAAUAUAACUCAGUUAAGGGAGAGUUUGCUGAAUUGGCUAUUGACCCACCCCAAACGUCAAAUGCAAACACGUCAAAUACCCAGUCUUUAGUAGUGAGCAGCGAUUUUGUGGGAGAAUAUACUUCUCAGGAUGAAUUAUUCACUACGAGGGCUCCGCCCCCGAAUCAGGACGAGUCGAUUAGAUGCAAAGAAGAGGAAUCAAAGUGCGGCUUUGUUACUCAGUAUAUGACACAGGAGGAAAUGCUUGCUGCGAGGGAGGAGCAAAAGAAAAAAGUUCAAUAUGUAAGUGCGGUGUACAAGUGUGAAUUGUGUAUAAUGGAGUUUUAUAUUCAGCAGCAGGUCGAAGAACACUUCGUGGCGGCCCAUAGAGAGCGCCCCGGUUGCAUGCCUUGCAAAAUUUGCUACGUCUUCGUGGAAACGGCGAAAUUCCAAGCGCACAUAGACAAGCAUUAUAUACGGUAUAUAUGCAAAAUGUGCGGGAAGGUGGAGUACAGCAGCAAACUAAUGUCCCUCCACGUACAAGGUCAUUUGGAUAAGAAGGUGUCGAACGGCAUAAUCCAGAUUGGGGAUAUAAACCUCGUUAAAAAGCAUAAAAAGAAAAAGAAGGAAAAUGCACCAAAGCCGGGUGAUUUGAGAAAAUUGUUGUCGAAGACGACUAUAGUUGGUUACCAGUGUCUGGAGUGCGAUAUGUUCUUCAAAACAUCCCGCGCCAGGAAGAACCACGUCGCAAGAGCCCACAGAGAAGGUCUGCAGUGUGACCUGUGCAAAAAACGUUUCGUCAAUAAAACGACGCUUAUAACACAUUUGAGACUCCACGACGGCCCCUUGCCCCGCGAGAAGUGUCCCAUUUGUGACAAAAUGGUCCGCGUCAUACAACUCAAGUACCACAUAAGGCGACACCAGGAGAAAAGCCGCUUCGAGUGUUCGGAGUGCAACAAAGUGUUUUCGCAGCUGGCAACUUAUCAGGCGCAUCUUAAGUAUUCUAGGGCGCAUGCGUCGGACAACGUCUUCAAAUUUCCAUGUCCAAUGUGUCACAAGGGCUAUCCGACCAAGGAAGCUAUGCAGGAUCACUUCAAUUAUCAACAUCUCGGCAAAACUACUCACAAAUGUCCGAUAUGUAAUAAGCCGAUAGCAUCAAAAGCGAACAUCGAGAAACACAUAAUGAGGGUGCACAGAGAAAAAAAGGAAAAGCCAAGAAAUCACAUGUGUAAUAUUUGCGGGAAGAAAUUUUCGGACAAAAAAGCGCUAAACCAACACGAAGUCAUUCAUUCAGCGGACCGCCCGUUGACGUGUGAGAUCUGUUCGCAAACUUUCAAACAAAAGGCGUCUCUGUACACGCACAAAAAGCGCGUACACAAAGUGGUACCGCCGAAGCGUGUCGUCGAAUUCAUGGACAAGAAUGAAACAGUUUAA